AGUGGAGGUGGCUGUCAAGAAAAAAAAUUUUUUUUAAAUAUGUAAAUAUAGUAACUUACAAUUUAGUUAUCCUUCUUCAAUAAUUUCGUAGGUGUAUGUUGUGAAAGCGUUUUUGCAAAAUAAGUACGCGCAAUAGCAAUCUUAAAUAUUAACUUUAGAGAUAUGUUACAUAUGUGCACUCUGGGCAUGCUAACUUUAUUAUUGAGAUUUAUCGUUGUUGAAUUACUAAGUUAAUUGCCACUGCAAAGCAAGAAUAAGUUUAAGUAUUUUUUGCAAUAGUUGGAAUUGAACUUGAAGUACGUCAUUGCUAUGGUCAUAGCUAGUAACAAUUGGAUUCAAAAUGUUUCUAACAUUAAUCAAGAAAAAAUUAUGUCUGCCACUGGAAUUUUAAUAUGUCAUGAUAAUUCUUAUCCAUUUCAAGAACGAACGUUGUCUUUAGAACAGCCUAUUAAAAUUGGUCGGUCUGUUGCUCGAGCUAGGGCUGCUAAUGACAAUGCUAUAUUCGAUUGUAAGGUAUUGUCAAGAAACCAUGCACUACUAUGGCAUGAUUCUGGGAAGUUCUAUUUGAAAGACACCAAAAGUAGUAAUGGUACGUUUGUUAACAAUAAACGUCUGAGUCCAUCUGGUGAAGAGUCAUCUGCAUUUGAAAUUUGUUCUGGUGAUGUUGUACAGUUUGGUGUUGAUGUUGUUGAAAGCACCAAAAAAGUUACUCACGGAUGCAUUGUUGCAACCUUAAAGUUAUACUUACCAGAUGGAAAAGAAGCCAAAGCCUCUUUUACUAAUUCUAUUGCAUAUGUGAAUGUUACAUUAGAAGAUCUUUAUAAGUUACAUCAACUCAUUCAAGAAGCUGGACGAAGAGAAAAUGCUCUGCGUUCCAAACUAGAAUACAUGCAACAGCUAUUAGAAUCUACGAGAAUUGCUAUCAAUCAGUCAUGGAAAGCUUUGGUUUUAGAAGAUUGUCUUUUGUCUCGCUUAGAGACGCUAGAAAACCAGGUAUUAGCAUACUCUAAAAAUUAUGGAGAUGAUCAGUUAAGAAUGACAUCAAUAAACUUAUUGGAAGAUAAAACACAGUAUCAGAAUGCUACAAAAGAAUUAUUGCAAAAAAAGGUUCAAGAAAAAAGAGAAAUUGUCAAUACAAUAAAAUUACUGAAAUCACGUUUAAAUGAAUCUCAAGAAGAAACACAAAGCUUACGCAAUACUAUCAGAAAUAACCAAAACGAAUUACAAGAGCUAGCUGUAAAAUACGUAAGGGUUCAACAAACAUUGGAAGAUACUACAGAAAAACUAAAUAUCACUAAAGUCAAAUUAAAAGAAAUAAUCCAACAAUCAGAAAAAGAUAAACAAGAUUUUUUAAUAAAACUUGAAGACCUCAAAACUGUUGGGAAUGAUUUACAAACAAAUUUAGAAGAUUCUAAAUUAGAUUAUGUAUAUGUUCAUGAACAAAUAUAUGCAUUGAAGAAUUAUGUGCAAACUAUACAUGAUAUGAAAUUGUUAAGUGAUAAGGCCUAUGAUUUUAAGAAGUACGCAAAACCUGUUGAUACUAUAAAUGUCAUUCUUAACAAAUGGAAUUCAAUUUACAUUAAAGUUAUAAACAAUCAAAAUCUAAUAAACAUGAAUGAUCAAAUUAAUUUAACAGAAAAAAUUGAAAAAUUUUCAAACCCUGUUGGCAUUAAAGAUGACUCUAAGAAUAAUGAUUUGCAUGGUAACUUGUUGAUUAGUAAACAUACAUUCUGCUCAUUUUCUGGAAAUAAAAAAAUUAAUUUUGUAUUGAAUACAAUACCGCAACCUAAAAAUAAUAUUCUUUUACUAUAUCCUGCAAAAGAAUUUUCUACUGAUGGAAAAAAGGAAUCAGUUUUUCGUGAAAGUAAAAGUAAUUUGAGUAAUAAUUAUAAUCAAAACAAUGUACUAAUGAGUAAUCUGAGUAAUAAUGAAAAGGAAUCAUCAGAUAUCAAUGAAUCUAAAAAUAAGGAACUCAUCACAGAAUAUGAUUCUGAAAUUUUCUGUGAACCAGUACCAAAAACAAGUUCUAAAGUUACAAAAGAAACUGAGAGAAUUAAAAUUAUUGAAGAUAUUUUAUUUGAUGAAGGUGAAUUAAGAACUAAACGUACCGGUACCUUAAAUAAAUAUAUAUUCAAUGCUUCUAAACCAUUAGUCAUCAAGAAUGAACUUCUUGGUAAAUGCUCUAAGCAAUUUGUGCUUCAAAAUUUAGUAUCAACAAAGUUUUUACCAAAAGAUUAUUUUUAUGCCAAUAAAAAUAUUAUACAGGAGCUACAAAAUCUAAAAUCUUGGCUUUUUUAUGAAUCUAAUGAUGUCAUUGUAGCUAAACUUGAAAAGUAUUAUGAAGAAGUAGAAAACGAAACUCAACAGUUGCAAGAAAUAAAUGAACAAUUGGCAGCUUUAAAGGAGAAGUAUAAUACAAUGACUGAAGAAAAAGCAAAUAUUGUUAGAAAAUAUAUUACUUUAAAAUCACAAUGUCAACGUUUCCCAAGUACAACAUUCAUGGUAUCUAUUUAUUAUGUUGUACCGUUAAUUGUAGUAUUAAUCUGGAUGUUGUCAGAAAAACUAUUGUAAUUAAUGUUACCAAUUAAAUUGAUAAUUACGUUUAUUUCUAGAUGGAUUUUUUUUAGAUUUUCAUUAUUUAAUUCAUAAAAUAAGUUAAGCAAAAAUCGCUGUCAGAGAUUCUAGGUAAUUCUAGAUGAAUCGGUUAUUUAAAAUUAUAUGUCGAAUCCAUAACUAACACAUUAAUUUUUUUGUUGCCUACUUUUACACUAUCAGAGUCCAUUUUUUCGUCUUUAUGCUACCUAAACACACAACUAUAUAUCAUUCUAGCAAAUUUACACUGCAUAAGAAUGCGUUAGUAAUGAAACAUCGUAUUUUGAACUUUUGUAAUGUUAGUCAUUAUACUUAAUUACAACGUAAUAAUAACGUUCCAAAAUUAUGUGACCUUCAAAGUAUAUUCACGAAAAGUUAUGUAAAACUUAUGGUCGUAGUUUGUUACAGAACUGAUCAAUUUUUAAAAAAAAAUUAUGAUUGUAAUUUUAAUAUGUAAUAUCGACAAACAUCAAUACUUAUUUACUAUUCUAAGUGGACAACAAAAAGAAUGAUUUCAUCUUCAAUAUUCAAUGGUGUAA